AUAGAACCAUAGCAAAAUAAAUGGAGAAUUUCAAUGGAAUUCACUGUUUUGCUUAGUUCAUCCUACCACUGUACUAUUUUUUAUGACAGUUUUUCUUAAUGAGAUGGUUAUAAUUUUUUUACAUUAGAAAUUUACUGUGACUUUCGUUACAAUAAUUUGAGGUUAUUAAAUAGAAAUUACCUUAUUUUCUUCUUUGCUUUUCUUUGGCUUUUUGUGAUAAACCCUACUAAAUAUUCAACGGCGGUGUUUGUCGUUCUUCUUCUCUCUCCGCCGCAUUCAUUCGUUCUCAAACCCUCAGGACUCGAGUUUCGAUUUCGUUAGUCUAAUCGCAGAACGAUGGCAGCGAAACCGGGAGCCGCAACUUCAACGUAUUCGCCGAAAGUUGUCGCCAGAACUCGCGCUCCUAUUUUCAAGGAUUCUGACCUCGAUUGGACUCGUCCCGAUGGCCGUGGAUUCCACCAAUGCCGACCUGCCUUACUUCAAACCGGUGCUGUGAGUUCUGCUUCAGGUUCUGCUUAUGCUGAGUUUGGGAACACAAAAGUCAUUGUUUCAGUAUUUGGGCCAAGGGAGAGUAAGAAAGCAAUGGUUUAUAGUGACGUUGGUAGAUUGAAUUGCAAUGUUAGCUAUACAACUUUUGCUUCCCCGACUCUUGGGAGUCAGGGAACUGAUCACAAGGAGUACUCAUCGAUGCUUCACAAAGCGUUGGAAGGCGUUGUAAUGACAGAGACGUUUCCAAAGACAACCGUUGAUGUCUUUGCGUUGGUGCUUGAAUCUGGAGGCAGUGACCUCCCUGUUGUGAUAUCAUGUGCUAGUCUUGCUCUAGCAGAUGCCGGGAUUAUGAUGUAUGACCUUAUCACAGCUGUUUCAGUGUCUUGCAUAGGGAAGAGCCUUAUGAUCGACCCGGUUACAGAAGAGGAAGGAUGUGAAGAUGGAAGCUUUGUGAUGACGUGCAUGCCAUCUCGUUAUGAAAUCACUCAGCUAACCAUCACUGGUGAAUGGACAACGCCUAAUAUCAACGAGGCAAUGCAGCUUUGCUUGGAUGCUUGUUCCAAACUUGGAGAGAUCAUGCGGGAUUGUCUGAAACAGGCUGCCUCAGCUUCCGAUGAAUGAACAUAAUCAAGAAACUAUGGAUUUUGGAUCGUAGCUCAGCCAUGAUCCGAUCCAUUAUACGAAGCCAAAACUAACCAAGAAAAGUAAGAAAUCCAGAAAACGGGAGGGGUAUCUACGUCAUUUCAACUUACGUCUACGGGAAAAUAUCUUGCGCUAUUUGCUUCCUAAAAAAUAGUCUACUUGUUCCAUCUCAAGUUUAGGGGUAUUUAGGCCAUUUCAGCUUACGUCUGAAGUUGAACUGCUCGUGUACGAUGCAAAGAAUCUAAUCCGCAUGACUUCUUGUAAUGAAAUAAAACCAGAGAGAGAGAAGACGUGUGUCGCUGAAAAGUGGACAGUUGUACCCUCAGGCUUUCUAACGGCAGAGAAGACUUCCCACGUUUUCAACACCACCUAACAACUGUUUCUUUCUUCUCCACCUCUUCCCAUUUUUGUCUUCAUUUUUUUUCCUUCCUCAUUGUCUCUCCCAUUUUUUCCUCAUUGUCUCUUCCAUUUUUUGUUCUCUUCUUCUUUACAUCGAUUCAUUAACUAAAACUAGAUGAGUAUAUGUUCGAAUUUUUGUUAUAUAAUAUAGUUUGUUAAAAAAUUUAGUUAAAA